ACUCGACUCAUCUAUGUCCCCAGGUAUGACAUCGAAAAAUGUGAAUCUUGUGAGUGCGACUCGCUGAGGAUUUCUUCAUCUUACGAUAGUUUGAAGUAUGUUGGAAGUUGUGGGCGAUUCAGCGACGGCUAUUUGGAGUAUCAACGUCUUGUGGGAGAUCCAAAGGAUGGCUCGUCAAGUAGUACGACGGCAUACAUUCGUUUUGCAUCGGAUGAAACCGUUCAUCACAAGGGAUUUAACUUGACGUUUAUUGCUCAGUCCUAUACUGGAGGGAGAACGUCCUACCUGAACGCAACUGAAGAUGAAACCAUUGAGUUUGGGACACCGAAAGCUGACAUUAAAAACUAUCGCUCUGGUUCCGAGUACGAGUGGUUUUUAAUUGUCCCUGAAGGGCGACAGGUCCAGAUAGACUUCGGCAUUUUCCAACUGGAGGAGAGUGAGAACUGCAAAAACGACUACGUUGAGUUCCGUGAAGCCGCCAUUGAUAAGAGAGACCCAGGAGAUCUAGAAGGAUACCGUGGUCCAAUCCUGACCGGACGCCUGUGCGGCAAUAGAAAGCCGAACACCAUACAGAGCACUGGGAACAUGGUUUGGGUGCACUUCGAGAGUGACUACAACUCUACCACUGUCUACAAAGGAUUCAAAGCCUCAUUUAAAGCAGGUCAGGGAGGAUUGUCAGUCAGGAAUCCCAUGGCACUUCUUUUCCUUUCAACUUUGUUCAUGAUUGCUUCUGUAGACGGUCUGUUCUAAAAUCUGAAUUCUCCGGUUAGCUUCGAGUGCGUUCCAAGUUAUUAACUAUAACACGAACGUUUUAGCUUUUUAAAAACUUAGACAGUAAUUUUCUCCACACUUGCCGCAAAUUUAUAACAAUAACAUUUUUAAAAACAAAAAAUUUCGAUAGUGCCUGUGUUUAAUUAUGUGUUCCCACAGCUCCGAAAUUUCAAAUGACAGGUUUAGUCGGCAGUUAGAUCGCUUUCAACAAGCUAGUUAAGUGUGACGUUUUAAUGUAUAAAGUUCUCUUUUAAUGGGA